AUGAUCGGUGCGGCGGGGUGCGGGUCGGCAGGCGCCGAGCGAUCUGCAUCUGAGCAUUGCAAGGUUGAUCGUCGUUCGCUCGACGCUGUGGGCCACAUCACUGCAGCCAUCAUCAGACGACAGGCCUUUGCUCGCCAGGGGCGGUGCGGGAAAGAUCCCAGGGGGAGCCAAGGGGCUUGGAAAAGGACCCCCCCCGCGACGGCGAUGGCGAUGGUCGUGCUCGGUGACGGUGAGAGUGUUCUUCGAUUUCUGGAUGUUCCUCGAAUGAUGUCGAGCGAGGACGAGGGUCUGAUAUUGCACCCGUCGAGCUGGAUCGAAACGUCCGCCUCUGUCGACGCUCGACCGACCCCGGCCGCCACGCUCGUCGUGCAAUGCUGGGGCCUGAAACGCGCCCCUCGCAGCAUCCCUGAGGACGGUUGCCGUACGAGCACACCGCGGCCCUCUCCUUCCAUCCUCGCUCUACCCCGCGAGCGCCCUCUCUGCCCACCCGAUCCCUCCGCUCCCCUGCCCCUCCCCCACGCUGACCGCACCCACGCACCCGUCGCGACGCGCCACUCCGCCCAGAACCCCCAUCGGGCGCUUCUUUUCCGUGCCCAUUCCGAGAUACGCACCCUGAGUCCCGAUGCGGCUCCCCGGCUCUCUUCGCCCCGGUUCGCGUCCGCCUGUGUGUCCGCCUCUUCGCUCGUCGUGCCUCCCACCGCGCCUUCCCCUUCUUUCGAACCCGACCCUCACCCUCAAACAGAGCGCCACCGUACCCGUCCAGACAUAGGACCCCGAGGUUCGCGACGCACAUCCACGUCAAACGGACGCACGCGUCUCGUCAUCGCAUCGCAAUCCGGCAACGCUUCCUCGCGCGCGCCCCCCUCCCGUCGCGUUUCAGAUCGCGGCCUCAGCGAACACGAGCUCGCAGCAGGAGCAGGGCCCCUGCACACCGGUGCGUCGACGCCCUCCUUGACGGCACCUGUCAACGUCUCAGACGCACCGCACGGCAUCGUCUGUCGUCUGGACUCGAGAACCGCUCCCGUACCCCCAUAUGUGCGCAUCAGCAACCUGCCAGCCACCGACGCGCUACACGUCUCCACUCGGAGUUGCAGCAGCGUGCGCCCCGGCGGCCUCACCCAAAAAAAACUCCGCAGCAGAAGCCCCAGGACGCUCCGACCCCCCACCCAUCUCGACGUUCAUCUCCCGAGCGCCACCCGGCACCCGCUUCGUGCAUCCCCCUGCUCCCUUCGUGCGUCCCACUUCUUUUUUUGCGCGCGGACACCCGCACCUUGUGUCAACACCCCCGUCCUCCUCGCGCCCCCGCCCUCGCGUUCCGCCAGUGUUCCGCCUCGAUCGACCGCGGCGGGCUCUCAUGAGAGCCGGAAAAGCCGAAUGACUAGAUCGGCGCGACCCAGUCAGGCAUGCAUGUUGCGGUGCCGGCGGCACUCGAACGCACAUCGCCCCUCAUGGCACUCUCACGGCGCUCUCACCAAAAACCACACAGAACCCGCGAACAACGCUGUGCCAGCGGCCCUCGAACGUCGAUCGGGUCGCACAUCGCCCCUCAAGGCCCCUCAUGGCCUCGAAAAAAAAACACCACAGAACCCGAGAACAACGCACAGCUACUGUACGGCCCCCCUCUCUCGCUCUUCUCUCUCUCUCUGGGCCCACGCCGUAAGCAGCGUCACCGCCCACGCCCCACCGGGUGCGCUUCCGUCACCAGAGCCCCCUUCGCCCCUCCCGCGCGCCCGAAACCGCAACCGCACCCCUGUCCCUGCACGUAUGCCCGCACGGCGCCGCGACAUGUCCUCCCGCAGGCGACCGCGACCCCAGGGCGAUCCGCACAUCCACACCGCGUCCGCUGCGAUCACGGUCCCACCGACUCCUGACUCCUCGCCCGCGGCAGGCCCACCCGUCGCGCACGAGACGCCGCGUCGACGCAGCCCGUUCGAAGCCGACGCACGCAUGACGAGCCCGCGAACCGAUCCGCUCGCCAAGCCCGAUAGCCCACCCGCGACUCGAGCUCGCGCGAACCACACGCAUCGGGCCCAGAGGCGUGCGCAGGACGUGUAUAUGGGGUAUAGCGGCGAGUCAGCGGGCGAGCUCGUCGACAGCACCGCGCCGCCAUCAACGAGGACCGGGCUAGAAGCACCGCCACUCGGUGCGCGCGAAGCCAGGGAUGACGAACAUGACGCAGCGGCCGCGCUAGCGAUCAGCGUGUCGCACCUCGCCCAGCCUCGUGCCCAAAGCAAGCACGUCGCGCUCGCCCGACCGCAAUAUACGCCCAAGAAAGCUAAAUGCCAGAUGCCAGGCGCGGCCCGCGGGGGGCGGGCCACAUCAGAAGUCCCGAAAUGCGCGAGAAACGAGACGCGAAUUGAAAAGAGGAAAAAGAAUGACCAACGUCCGUCUGUCCAUCGGAACGCCCACCGGCAUCCAUGAAGCCCCACCACCCCCUUCCUACCUUCCCCACCUUCCGUCCUUCUCUCCCGAAAUGCACAAGAACCCUCCCUCAAUUGCAAGGUUUCAGAAUCAACGCCUCCGCGAGAAGGCCUCGGGGCACAGCGCCAGCAGCCCGACUGCCCACGCGCGACCCGAACAAGAAAGGCUAAAUCAACAGAUCCACCCCACCUCACACAUGCGCUAGAACCCCCCAGACGUGCCGCGCCACUUGCGCCAGGACCUCUCCUCCCGCUCAACCACCAACGCCCGUCAGAAUGCGGCCUGCCGAGUCGGCGGCUCGGUCGCAGCCGCGGAGACAGCGGCGCCUGCGGGACAAGCCGCCGUCGGCGUCACCACGCCGGCCGAGUCCCACGCGUUGGGAUAGCUGCACCCCGCGACCUGGGUCAUCGCGCCCUGCGUGUCCUUCGCGUCGAACCACCCGUCUCCCUGCGUCACCGAGGCCGUCAGCGUCGGGGGCGGGAGCGUCGAGAUCGUGGACGUCGGCGUGUAGGUAGGCAGGACCGCCAUGGGGACUCCAGAGACACCGCUGAGGGUCGUCGGCGGCCACUGGCUCGCUGUUGCGGCGGCAGUCGCGGCGAUGGUCCCGGCACCCUGACCGCCCGUCUGCCACGCCGAGUAGGUCCCGGGGAACGCCGACUUUGCGUUCGUCGCACCCAACGCGGCGCACUUACCGACGGCUUCGCGAGGGUCCGUCGGCAUCCAACCUUGUUCGAGGCCGAGCUUGUACGACCACAGCGGCGCUUCGACGCUGUUGGAAGUCGAAGA